GAAGCCGGGGGCCGGCCUGUGGCGCGCGGAGCCCGCGCCGGACUGCGCCUCUUUGGACCUUGAGGGGAAACAUGCGUUUGGCUUGGAUCGCUUGAAAUUCUUAGUUUGGGAUCCCCGCCCGCCUGCCUCUUCCGCCUCGCGGGCUUUCUUUUCUUUUUCCCUUUUUUUUGUUUGCCUUUCUCUCUCCGGGUCUCCUUUUUGACUCCCUCCCUCUUUAUGCUCGCCCAGCCCUCCCCCAGCUGCUGAGAAGUGGGGGAGGGUCUUGGCCUCCAGGUUCCCGCCCCACCGGGGCCCGGGCGAGCAUGGGGGGCAAGCAGAGCACGGCGGGCCGCUCCCGGGGCCCCUUCCCAGGGGUCUCCACCGACGACAGCGCCGUGCCCCCGCCGGGAGGGGCGCCCCACUUCGGGCACUACCGGACGGGCGGCGGGGCCAUGGGGCUGCGCAGCCGCUCCGGCCACUCCUUUUCGGGCAUGGGCAUGGACCCCAGCCCGGCCGGGGGGGUGUCCUUUGGCCUCUACACCCCCGCCUCCCGGGGCACCGGCGACUCCGAGAGGGCGCCCGGCGGCGGAGGGUCCGCGUCGGACUCCACCUUUGCCCAUGGCAAUGGUUACCAAGAGACGGGCGGCGGUCACCAUAGAGACGGGAUGCUGUACCUGGGCUCCCGAGCCUCGCUGGCGGAUGCUCUACCUCUGCACAUCGCACCCAGGUGGUUCAGCUCGCACAGUGGUUUCAAGUGCCCCAUUUGCUCCAAGUCUGUGGCUUCCGAUGAGAUGGAAAUGCACUUUAUAAUGUGUCUGAGCAAACCUCGCCUCUCCUACAACGAUGAUGUGCUGACUAAAGAUGCGGGUGAGUGUGUGAUCUGCCUGGAGGAGCUGCUUCAGGGGGACACGAUAGCCAGGCUGCCCUGCCUGUGCAUCUAUCACAAAAGCUGCAUAGACUCGUGGUUUGAAGUGAACAGAUCUUGUCCAGAACACCCCGCGGACUGACCCUGCCGGGCUUGCUUGCUGACUCCUCUCAAAGGGACGGACAGCCCCUGUUCCUGAAGAGGCUCACCGGACCCUGGGGCAGAGCUGAGCUUGGGACAGCAGUGGGAACAGGGCAGCCUUCGGCACUGACCUCCGGAACGUGGUUCUCCUCCCUCCCGAGGACACCAGAUGGGAUGAGAGCGAGUCUGAGAGAAGAAUGAGUCACCGAUACCCCUCACCCCUCAGCCCAGGAGGAAAAGGGCAUUUUCUUUUUCACCUUUGAAAGGCGUUGUGGGUCUGUCUUUAAAGUGUUUACAAAAAAAAAAAAAAUUAUAUAAAAAAAGUCUAGUGUCGA